AACCAGAACUUAGGGUGGGGCCAAGGGACACAUAGAAGGCUUUCUGGUGCAUACCACCAAGUAAGGGCAUCCUGGGUACAGUCUGAGCUGUGCAUGUGGGCUCCUGGCUCUGCUGGCAGCUGCCCCAGAGCAGCCCUGCCCUCUCACUGGCUUGGCCACCAUAGCGUGCGGGCCUCUCAGCAGGCCCAGAGGCGGAGGUGUCCUGAGGUUCCUAGGAGGCCCCUGUGGGCCCCACCAGCACGGUGCACACUGCCCUUUUAGGACCCAGAACUCACGCAAGAACCUGUGAUGGAUUACCUGCUCCAGCUCUUCCAGCUGACCUCAUCCAUCUCAGCAGGUCUGGCCUCAUGGGGUGUCUCCAGUCCCCAGGAAGUGCAGGGCGUGAAGGGGUCCUGCCUCGUCAUCCCCUGCGUCUUCACCUACCCUGCCGACGUGCAGGUGCCCGACAGCAUCACAGCAAUCUGGUACUAUGACUACUCGGGCCAACGGCAGGUGGUGAGCCACUCCACAAACCCCCAGCUGGUGGAGGCACGCUUCCAAGACCGGGCCCAGCUGCUGGGGCAAGCUGAGCACAAGGUGUGCAACCUGCUGCUGAAGGACCUGCAGCCCGAGGACUCAGGCUCCUACAACUUCCGCUUUGAGAUCAGUGAGGGCAACCGCUGGUCAGAUACCAAAGGCACUGUGGUCACCGUGGCAGAGAAGCCCAGUGUGCCUACCCUUACCUGGCCUGCCGAGCUCCGCGAGGGCAUGGAGGCAGACUUCAACUGCUCCACCCCCUACACCUGCCUGCAGAAGCCGGUUAGCCUGCAGUGGCAAGGCCAGGACCCCACUCGCUCGGUCACCUCCAGCCUCCAGAAGCUUGAGCCCACAGGUGUCACCCACCUGCAGACCCUCCACAUGGCCCUGACCUGGCGGGACCAUGGCCUGACCCUGCAGUGCCAGCUCUCGGUAGCCGAGCAGAGGACACAGAGCGAGGUUCACCUCCAAGUGCAGUAUGCCCCGAAGGGUGUGGAGAUCCUUCUCAGUCCCUCGGGGCGGAACAUUCUGCCAGGUGAUCUGGUCACACUCACCUGCCAGGUGAACAGCAGCUAUCCCAGUGUCACUUCCGUGCAGUGGGUCAAGGAUGGGACACACCUCAAAGCCCAAAACCGUGUGCUGCAGUUGACCCAGGUGUCCUGGGAUGAUGCUGGCGUCUACACCUGCCAAGCUGGGAAUAGUGUGGGCUCUUCAGCCUCACCCCCUGUCAGCCUCCACAUCUUCAUGGCCGAGGUCCAGGUGAACCCAGCAGGCCCCAUCCUAGAGAACCAGACAGUGACACUGACCUGCAAUACACCCAGAGAAGCACCCAGUGGCCUGCUCUAUAGCUGGUACAAGAACCACGUCUUGCUGGGGGAUCCCCACAGCCACGCACUGCAGCUGCGCUCAGCCACCAGGGCCGAUACUGGCUUCUACUUUUGCGAGGUGCAGAAUGCCCAGGGCAGAGAGCGCUCUGGCCCUGUCAGUGUGGUGGUCAGCCACCCACCCCUCGCCCCCGAGCUAACUGCCUUCCUGGAGACGCAGGCUGGGCUGGUGGGCAUCCUCCGCUGCUCCGUGGUCAGUGAGCCCCUGGCCACCCUGGUGCUGUCACACAGUGGCCACGUCCUGGCCUCCAUCCCUGGGGAGGGUGACCUCAGCGCACGCUUCAGUGUCUUCUCUGCUCCCAACUCCCUGCGCCUGGAGAUCAGAGAUCUGGAGCCAACUGACAGUGGGGAGUACACAUGCCUAGCCAGCAACUCCCUUGGAAAUGCGUCCUCCACCCUGGACUUCCAAGUCAAUGUGGCCCGCCUCCUCAUCAGCCCGGCAGCAGAAGUGGUGGAAGGACAGGCGGUGACAAUGAGCUGCCGGAGCGGCCUAAGCCCCACACCUGACAUUCGCUUCUCCUGGUACCUGAACGGAGCACUGUUUCUCGAGGGGCCCAGCAGCAGCCUCCUGCUCCCCACAGCCUCCAGCACGGACGCCGGCUCUUACCACUGUCGGGCCCAGGACGGCCACAGUGCCAGUGGCCCCUCAUCACCUGCUGUCCUCACAGUGUUCUACGCCCCACGCCGGCCCACGUUCACUGCCCAGCUGGACCCUGAUGCCGCCGGAGCUGGGGCUGGACGGCAAGGCCUCCUCUUGUGCCGCGUAGACAGUGACCCUCCUGCCCAGCUGCAGCUGCUCCACAGGAACCAUGUUGUGGCCUCUUCCCUGCCACAGCAGGGUGGCUGUUGCAGCUGUGGGGGCUGUUCCCAGCGCAUGAAGGUCACUAGGGCCCCCAACCUGCUGCGUGUGGAGAUCCGAGACCCAGUGCUGGAGGAUGAGGGUGUGUACGUGUGUGAGGCCAGCAAUGCUCUGGGCAACACCUCUGCCCCGGCCACCUUCAAUGCCCAGGCCACUGUCCUGGUCAUCACGCCAUCACCCAUGCUGCGGGAGGGCACCGGGGCCAACCUGACUUGCAACGUGAGCCAGGAAGCUGCUGGCGGCCCUGCCAACUUCUCCUGGUUCCGGAAUGGGGCGCUGUGGGCCCAGGGCCCCCUGGAGACUGUGACACUGCUGCCCGUGGCCAGAACGGAUGCUGCCCUCUAUGCCUGCCGCAUCCUCGUCGACGCUGGGGCCCUGCUCUCCAGCCCGGUGCUCCUGAGUGUGCUCUAUCCCCCGGACCCUCCAAAGCUGUCAGCCCUCCUGGACAUCGACCAGGGCCACGUGGCCGUGUUCAUCUGCACUGUGGAUAGUCGCCCCCUGGCCCAGCUGUCCCUGUUCCAUGGGGAGCGCCUCUUGGUCACCAGCCCAGGGCCCCAGCUCUCAUCCCAUGACCGCCUCCAGGCCAAAGCCACAGCCAACUCCCUGCAUCUAGAGAUUCGAGACUUGAGCCUUGGAGACUCUGGAAGCUACCGCUGUGAGGCCACAAAUGUCCUUGGCUCAGCCAAUACCUCCCUCUUCUUCCAGGUCCGAGGAGCCUGGGUCCAGGUGUCACCAUCACCUGAGCUCCAGGAGGGCCAGGCUGUGGUCCUGAGCUGCCAGGUACCUGCAGGGGUCCUGGAGGGGACCUCAUACCGCUGGUAUCGGGAUGGCCAGCCCCUUCAGGAGUCAACCUCGGCCACACUCAGCUUAGCAGCCAUAACUCUGAGCCAAGCUGGGGCCUACCAUUGCCAAGCCCAGGCCCCAGGCUCAGCCACCACGAGCCUGGCGACUCCUGUCAGCCUCCAUGUGUCCUAUGCCCCACGCCAGGCUUCCCUCACCACCCUGAUGGACACAGGCCCCGGACGACUGGGCCUCCUCCUGUGCCGUGUGAACAGUGACCCUCCAGCCCAGCUACAGCUGCUCCAUGGGGCCCACGCUGUGGCUUCCACCCUGCGAGGUGUGGAGGAACUUGCAGGCAGCAGUCCCCGGCUGCAGGUAGCUGUGGCCCCCAACACACUGCGCCUGGAGAUCCACAACACGAUGCUGGAAGAUGAGGGUGUCUAUGCUUGCGAGGCCACUAACACUCUGGGCCAGGCCUCUGCUUCGGCCAACUUCGACACCCAGGCUGUGAGUGUGCAGGUGUGGCCCGAGGCCACUGUGCAGGAGGGGCAGCUGGUGAACCUGACCUGUCUCGUGUGGACCACCCGCCUGGACCAGCUCACCUACAUGUGGUACCAGGAUGGGCAGCAGCGCCCAGGUGCCCGCUCCAUCCUUCUGCCCAGCGUCACAGUCACAGAUGCAGCCUCCUACCGCUGUGGGGUGGUGAAACCUGGCCAGGCACCCCGCCUCUCCAGGCCUGUCAUCCUGGACGUCCUCUAUGCACCCCGCAGCCUGCGGCUGACCUACCUCCUGGAGAGCCGUGGAGGUCGGCUGGCCCUGAUACUGUGCACUGUGGACAGCCGCCCACCCGCCCAACUGGCCAUCAACCACGCCGGCCGUCUCCUAGCUUCCUCAACCACAGCCUCUGUCCCCAACACUCUGCGCCUAGAACUGUGGGAGCCCCAGCCCAGGGACGAGGGUUUCUACAGCUGCUCUGCCCAGAGUCCUUUGGGCCAGGCCAACACAUCCCUGGAGUUGCGGCUAGAGGGUGUGCAGGUGGUCCUGGCCCCAUCGGCCUCUGUGCCUGAGGGGGCUUCUGUCACAGUGACCUGUGAGGACCCUUCUGUUCGGCCACCCACCCAAUAUGCCUGGUACCACAAUGGCCGCUGGCUGCAGGAGGGGCCAGCCGUCUCCCUCUCAUUCCCAGUGGCUACGCGGGCUCAUGCAGGUGCCUAUUCCUGCCAGGUCCAGGAUGCCCAGGGCACACGCAGCUCCCGGCCAGCGGCCUUGCAAGUCCUCUAUGCCCCUCGGGAUGCUGUUCUGUCCUCCUUCUGGGACUCAAGGGCCAGCCCCAUGGCUGUGGUACAGUGCACUGUGGACAGCGAGCCACCUGCUGAGCUGGCCUUGUCGCACAAUGGCAAGGUGCUGGCCACUAGCCAUGGGGUUCAUGGCUUGGCAUCGGGGACAGACCGUGUCCAGGUGGCCCGCAAUGCCUUGCGGCUGCAGGUGCAAAAUAUGCCCACAGGUGAUGAGAACUCCUAUGUCUGCACAGCCCGCAACUUGCUGGGCUCUGUCAGCACUAUGGGGCAGCUGCAGGCAGAAGGUGUACGUGUGGUGGCUCAGCCAGGGCUGGAUGUGCCUGAGGGCACAGCACUGAACCUGAGUUGUCACUUCUCUGGUGGCCCUGGACCCAGGGACAAUUCCACCUUUGCUUGGUUGUGGAAUGGCCAACGACUGCACACAGAGCCUGUGCCCACCCUCACCUUCAUCCACGUGAUCCGUGCCCAAGCUGGGGUGUACCAGUGCCAGGCUGAGCUCCCCACUGGGGCCACCACCUCUGCUCCAGUCGUGCUCCAUGUGCUCUACCCUCCCAAGGUGCCCUCCAUGACGGUCUUUUUGGAGCCUGAGAGUGGUGUCCAGGGCAUUCUGGACUGCCGUGUGGACAGUGAGCCUCUAGCCAGCCUGACCCUCCACCUUGGCAGUAGGCUGGUGGCCUCCAGCCAGCCCCGGGGUAUUCCUGUGGAGCCACACAUCCAUGUCACAGUCACCCCCAAUGCCUUGAGGGUGGACCUGGAAGAGCUGAAGCCCAGCGACCAGGGAGACUAUGUGUGCUCUGCCUCCAAUGCCCUGGGCUCAGCCUCUGCCUCCACCUACUUUGGAACCAGAGCCCUUCACCGCCUGCAUCUGUUCCAGAAGCUACUCUGGGUCCUGGGGCUGCUGAUGGGCCUCCUCGUCCUACUCUUGGGCCUGGGAGCCUGCUACGCCUGCAGAAGGAAGCAUUUUCAUAGGCUGAUCUUGGGUGAGAAUUUGGUGGAGAUGGCUUCGCAGAAGGAGACCAUGCAGGAGGAGGAGGUCACCAGGACCUGUGAGGACUCCAGCCCCGUGAACAAGGCAGCAUUGGGUCCUGCUCACCUCUGUGAAAAUAACUCUGUGACAUCUGAUUUUCUAUGACCUGGCUCCAAACCUCUUGCCCCCAAGAAAACUGGGUGGUGGGGCAGAAGUGACCCCCAAUCUACCCAGGAGGGUGCUGACCCUGGGGGACACUGAAAAGAAAUGAGUUGAUUGUGUUGUUCA